GAACAAUAAUAAACAUCAACAACAUACAAGUGUAGUGUACGAUUCAAAUUAACAAACAAACCUACCAAAGGCUAUAAUUGUAAAAUCAACAAUAACCCAAAAACAAAACAACUUGCAAAUGAUAGGGACAGUAAAGUAAUUAUACCUUUCUUCAUGUUUGAAGUUGCUCAUAAGAACUUUCCCUUUUCAUCUCAAUUCUCAACUCAUAGCUUAUAAAAUCACAUUUUCAUCUUCACUGUUCAUUUACGCAUUUCAUCAAACACCUUCCAAUCUCUAAAUUCAAACCCAUUUCAUUCUAAUUAAUCAUCAUAAUCACAAUCAGCUCUUAAACCUGUAAGUAUAACUAACCAUUCAUUGUAAAUUUCCAUUCAAAUAAUCUUUACCCACCAACUUUUAUUUUUUUUGAACACCCACCAACUUACAGCUUAGACUAAUCUCUUUCAAGAUCUAUUAUUACUAUUAUUAUAAAAGUCUUGAUUUUUAAUAUUCCCAAUUUGUUUGAUUUUUUGGGCUAUUGAUAUUUGAUCAUACAUAUACACAUGACUACUGGUAGAAUCCUAACUAAAACCCCAUUGAUUUCUGGGUUUUCUCCAAUUAAUAAGUUUAGUGAUUCAAGAAUGAUGAGUGUAUUGUCCAGAUCAAGCUAUAGAUAUUAUAGAUGUAAUACUAAGAUUGUAGGUUAUAUACAUGUGACUAGUUUGAAUCGGCGAGAUUUUAGUGUUCCCGAUUCGAAUGGGGUUCAAUCUAGGAAUUUUAGCAAUAUUUUUUGUGUUAAUAUUGGUAGGGUUAGGCCGAGGGUUGUAUCAUUGAUACCGAAUGUAGCUUCGGAUUUUAGAAACCAGUCUACAUCGGUUGAUUCUAAUGUUAAUGACAAAAGCUUUGAGAAUAUUUUUAUUCAAAGCAGUUUGAAUCCAAAGCCUUUGGUGUUUGAUAGAAUUGAUACUGAUGAUCAAAGUAAAUUGGAGGAAGUUGAUGGAUCGAAAGUAAAUUUAGAUAUUAAAUUGAAUGAUUUGAGUGAGAAUAAAGAUGAGAGGGAGCUUUCUGAGAUUGAAAAGGAAGCUUGGAAGUUGCUUCGAACGGCUGUUGUUACUUACUGUGGGAAUCCAGUUGGGACUGUUGCUGCUAAUGAUCCUGCUGAUAAACAACCUCUGAAUUAUGAUCAAGUCUUUAUCCGUGAUUUUGUUCCAUCUGCGCUUGCCUUUCUGCUCAAUGGUGAAGGGGAAAUUGUCAAGAAUUUUCUACUUCACACAUUGCAAUUGCAGAGUUGGGAGAAGACUGUUGACUGUUACAGCCCAGGGCAAGGGUUGAUGCCAGCGAGCUUCAAAGUUAGAACUAUCCCUCUUGAUGGAAGCAAUGAAGCAUUUGAGGAUGUUUCAGAUCCUGAUUUUGGUGAAUCAGCUAUAGGCCGUGUUGCCCCUGUUGAUUCAGGAUUGUGGUGGAUUAUAUUGUUGAGAGCAUAUGGGAAGUUAACGGGUGACUAUUCAUUGCAAGAGAGAGUGGAUGUCCAGACAGGCAUAAGACUGAUCCUUAAGUUGUGUCUAACUGAUGGAUUUGACAUGUUUCCUUCUCUACUAGUCACUGAUGGUUCCUGCAUGAUUGAUAGAAGGAUGGGAAUUCACGGUCACCCUCUUGAGAUCCAGGCAUUAUUUUACUCAGCUUUACGCUGUUCUCGUGAGAUGCUGAUAGUGAAUGAUACAACUAGUAGUCUGGUGGCUGCCGUCAGUAAUCGUUUGAGUGCACUCUCCUUUCACAUGAGAGAGUACUAUUGGGUUAACAUGAAAAAGAUUAAUGAAAUAUAUCGCUACAAAACGGAAGAGUAUUCUACUGAUGCUGUCAACAAAUUUAACAUCUAUCCAGAGCAAAUUCCUUCAUGGCUCGUGGACUGGAUAUCUGAGGAAGGUGGAUAUUUCAUCGGAAAUCUGCAACCUGCUCACAUGGACUUUAGGUUUUUCACACUUGGAAACCUUUGGGCCAUUGUCUCUUCUUUAGGGUCAAAAAGACAGAAUGAGGGCAUUUUGAAUUUAAUAGAGGCCAAAUGGGAUGAUAUCAUUGGUCAAAUGCCUCUCAAGAUAUGCUAUCCAGCAUUGGAGGGCGAGGAGUGGCGUAUAAUCACUGGUUGUGACCCCAAGAACACCCCUUGGUCAUAUCACAAUGGCGGAUCUUGGCCGACACUUAUCUGGCAGUUCACUCUAGCAUGCAUCAAGAUGGGUAGGUCAGAUUUAGCACAGAAAGCAGUUAAUUUAGCAGAAAAAAGGCUUUGUGAGGAUAGAUGGCCAGAAUAUUAUGAUACUAGAAAUGGGAAGUUUAUUGGGAAGCAAUCGAGGUUGAUGCAGACAUGGACUAUAGCUGGUUUCCUUACUUCAAAGAUGCUUCUAAAGAAUCCAGAGAAAGCAUCUUUGUUGUUUUGGGAAGAGGAUUUUGAAAUUCUUCACAAUUGUGUCUGCAUGCUUAACAAAACUGGUAGAAGGAAGUGUUCACGUUUUGCAGCAAGAUCAAAGAUUCUUGUUUAAUAAUGACAUGUCUUCUUCUUCUACAGUAUCUGACUGGUAAUACAGUUGUAACUCUGCAUGGUGGAGUAGAGUUGUUUAUGGUUUUGAACUUUGAAGGUGGCUCACUCACACACACCUCAUCAUAGUACGAUGAUGGACUUCACUUUUCAGAAUUUUAUCUGCAUAAUAAAUAGUUCUGUAACAUCAUUAAAUAUGUGGGGGUAACUCAUUCCACGUAGAUUGUUAUUCCCUCAAUGGUUUUUUUUCACUGUAACUGCAUGUGCCAUGUGGCUUCACUGUGUAUCUGACUACACCAAUAAUAAUCACAUUGUUUUUCUUUUUUGAAUAAAA